AUGCUUCUUUCCAACUCGUUAUGGCUAGUUAGGAAUUGCAGCGGAUGGUUCGAAAACGAGGCGGGGGUCAGACCCAUCAUAUGUGAAAAGAGGGGCUUCAUCGUAAUUUCUCUACGGCACACGAUAAACACCCGUUAUCCCAGUCCCAAAGGAAAUCACUGCGCACUUAGUGGUUUUACGGUAUGCCGUAGCCACUCACGACCUGACACUGAUAUCGGUAUGGCGGAAGGUCAGGCGCGUGCGGCAGAAAUCUCUCUGCUAUGGCUACGGUGCUCGUGGCUUCGCUCUGCUUGGCAGCUUCAGAGUACAGUAUUUGGCUGCACCACUCCAGGGUAUGGUACAGUACCGGUACUUGCACUAGAGGUCACCACCCCAGCAAGGCGUUGAGGGGGGCGUCCCUCCCUGUGAACAGAGACAUGAGAGAUGUUGACUCGGUUGGUCAUAAUGUGCCCGUAGGCCAUAUACUUGUCCUACAAUAUCGGCAUCGCGGAGGCUCCUCCAGUGGGACGACAUUGGUCUGAAGACCACCAGUACGGCUUUCGCGGGCCCUCCCCCGCCUCGGGUUCAUUCAGCUGGGCAGCUGAAGGCUUAACCCAACAAAGGGUCCAGCAGUCCGCAGAUAGGCAGUCCCAAUUGAGGUACAAGUACAGGAUUGGUCGAUCAGAGGCAUUUGUUCGGUACAGUAAGGGGGCUCCGCCACAAACUGCAAGCAGAACGAGGAUUCUGCUGUAAAGUCCAAAGUAUUUUCAAAUACCGUAUCCCCCAAGUGCCCACAGAUUAUUGAAGAAUGGUUGGACACCUUGGCACGCGACAUUGUAAAGCUGAGGUUUAAAAAACGCCAAGCUAGACCAUUUCCCCCAAAAAAUAGUCCAAAAAUGCGCCAAGACCAAUGUACGAGUACUUGUACUUGUACCGACCAGAUCAGCAAACCCCGUGACAAUCGCUCAGGCGUCAGCCAGUUUGGAUACGCGGUUGUACGAGUAAAAGGGUCAGCAAGUAUGGUGGAGGAAAAAUUUUUUGAGGAUUU